AUGGAUUCUUCGGCAGUUCGGAAAAAAAUCGUCACGCGCUCAUCGCUGGCAUGCCUCGCAUGCCGUUCCCGACAUGUCAAAUGUGACGGCAAACGGCCUCGCUGCACCCGAUGCGAUGAGUCCGGGAGGCUAUGUAACUAUGCCAAGUCACGUCGAGGUGGACUUGGCCGUGCAGCCUUGAUACGACUCAGGCAGCUUGCUGCAGCGGAGAAUCAGGUAGUUGGUAACUUGAUACGGGCUACAGAUUCGUCAGCCAUGCCCGAUGCCCGACAGGAGCAUGAUGUUGACGCCUGUCUUGAUACUAUCGUCAUUGAUACGCCCCAAGGUUUAACACCGGAGAGAUGUGACCCGACACCACCUGAACCGUCUAGGACCUAUAUUCGCGACUUCGAAGAUGAUGCCCUGUUGGAUUUGUACUACAAGAACUUUCACAAACUGCACCCACUGGUUCUGCCACAAAGACAUCUAGUUAGGCUCUCACAAGAAGCAGACACCCAGCCCAGACUAGUGCCUCUCGUUGCCGUCAUGCGCCUCAUCGGCCAUCUCUACGGAUCCCGGGAAUGGUCGUUUCCGCUGCAGGACGCCUUGAAAACCUGUUUCUCUCAGGCAUCACAGAGAGAUCCUUUCAUGGUGCAGUGCCGGGUCUUAUACUCCAUCGCAUUAUUCUGGUAUGGGUAUAAGACAGAGGCAAAAAAUGAAAUAGGUAUGGCUGCACGACUCGCACUCGAUCUUGAAAUGUUUCGGUGUCAAUUCGCGACCGAACAGGGAGGGAGAAACCCUGUGUUGGCAGAGAGCUGGAGACGGACCUGGUGGAUGCUGUUCAUCGUGAAUGGCUACUAUAUUGGUACGGUCGGGACUUUGGAAUUUGCAUUAAUUGAUGUUGAGGCCACUGUGGAAUUGCCUUGUGGGGAGUUUGAGUAUGAAUCAGGCGAAAUCCCCAAACCGAAAACAUUGGAAGAUUUUGACUCCCGUGAGUUCGCCUUAGGCAAUACCUCAUUCUCAUCCUUCGCAUAUCUCGUUGGUGCAGCAAGAUGCGUUGCAUCUGCAGCACCAAUGGCUCUGGGUAUAACACCCGAGGACGCGUCUUUGCAGGUGAUUAAUACUGCUGAUUCUAUUCUUGAUGGAUGGCUACUCUUAUUACCCAGGGGCAGCAAACAGAUCAUGGAUAAGUCAGGCGAAAUAGAUGAACUCAUGUUCCAAGCCAAGCUCCUUGUUCAUGUGGCAACCAUCAGUCUACAUAGGCCAUUAUCAGAUCUCAAGUUUAAUACAGCAGAGGCCAUCUCAAGUUGCGCUAGAAAGCCUCCACCGGAUAUACCAACGCCAGAAAUGGUGAAUGUGCAUACUGUACGAGUAUUGCGGUCUAUAGAGGCACAAAUCUGCCUUUUAGCAUUACCUGCUCAUCCUUUUCAUCACACACCAUUUGCAACCUGCAUGAUCAGCGAAGGAACGCUUGCACUUCUCUCGGCUUGUAAGUUCCUAUUGAAGGGACGGGAGCUCUCGAGAGCCAGGGACCAGGUUCGCAUGACGAUUGGUUGCCUAAAAGCAUUGGGUGAUAUAUGGCCUAGGACAGCAAGAAAUCUGCAAGAGAUACAGAGAAUUGCUCAACAUGCACUUGGACUGGAAGAGGACAAACCCAUUCCCAGCGUCGGCAAUUUGCCAAGCCUGCCCAGCGUUUCGAGUAGUGAUAGGCAGGCGACUCGAGAAUCUGACAUUUCAUCAUCUACCAAUGAUAUUUCUUACAUGGCUGACCCAUUAGAUGGUCCUUGUUCGUGGUAUUCGCUUGGCGAUAUAGACGCGGAGAUGCCGUGGUGGGUAGAUCAGUGA